AUCACCAUCAUCACCAUCAUCACCAUCAUAACCACCACUAACAAGCUUUCUGUUCUUUACAGAGACAGUGCUCCAGGCCAAAGAGAAUGUGACGAAGCCAUAGAAAAUAUUAACCGUACAAUAAACAAACUUGAUCAGGCCUCCUUAGCUGCCAUUGGUCAAAACCUGGAACAAAACCCCGAGGGAACAUUAAAGGUUUGUGAUCUGUUCAUUCCGAUGCAAACAUUUAGUUUCAUUGUCUUUUCAUCUUUUUAAACUAUAUAUCUACUUACUGUAAGAUUUGCAAUAUGGAAGGAACUAAAAUAAUCUUCAAUGUCCUGUAUAUUCCAUAGGAAUUCCAAGAUCGCAUGUUACAGAGUGUCGCUCAAAUCCGAGAUGCGAUCGAUCCUCUCGCGAGUGCUGCCAAGGACACACCAGAAAGUAUUGGUCAUCGUGUAAGUAUUGAAGGCCCCCCCCCCCCCGCAUUAGUUUUUACACAACCAUAGGUGGGUUUCACGAAGCACUUUCGUUCAUCAGUUUGUAGUGAACCUGUGUGUAGUAAUGUUCUGUGUUCAUCCUUACAGGUUGCUAAACUCGCGAACUUCAUCGAACCAGUGGCGGAAGCAGCUAUCAACGCAGCUUCGAAGAUGCCUCACUCACAGAAACAGACAGAUCUCCUCGAUCAAACGAAAACUGUUGCAGAAUCCGCGACUGAACUUCUUUAUGCUGUCAAGGACGCCGGUGGAAAUCCAAAGGUAACACACACUCCCGGUUCUCCGGUUUCUUCCUGUAGUAGCACUGCACCAACGAGGGAUGGCUCUUACUGGACCUCUAGAUGGAACAGUUUUACACUGAUACAGCUAUCCAGUAUAAACAAAGUUCCUUUUAUUUCACUCAAUAAGGGAUAUUGAGUGAAAUAUCCGUCCUUCAUUAAACCUCUACGAAGAACAGUUUAGAAGUGUUAGAGCUAUCCGAUUUAACUAGAGUUACAGUAGUUUAGUUUAGGUUUUCUCCUGUAGUGUCACUGGAUCGAUAAGGGUUUCCCUUCAUUGGAACUCUGUGGAGAACAGUUCAGAAUCCAUAGAGCUAUCCAGUAUAAAUGAAGUUAGUUCCAUUUCAUUCAUUGCAGUGUAUAACAAUUUAUCGUUGCUUAUAUUUUAUGCAGAGUGCAAACGCUCACCCAAUAGUGGAUGAUGCUGCGAAGAACAUGCAAGAUGCCGUCAAAGAUCUCACGGAUACUUUAGAAGAAGCUGCAAGUGAAUCUGGAGCCGUGACUGGUUUGGUUGAGUCUAUUAGUAAGGCUAUGAAUGAGGUACAUGUAGGCUUACGAUUAUUGUGUAGCUUAAUCAGAUUACAGUAAAAUUUAUAUUUUAACAUAGAUUUUGCUGAUUGAACCAUUUGAUUCAUAUUGUAAUUAUGCAUGCUGUUGAUUCUCUGAUACUAAUUAUACUAAUAAUUACUAAUUAUACUAAUGAUUAAUCAAUGAUUUCUAAUCAAUCCUAUCAAUAAUGAAUUAUUUAUAGUUCGAACAUAGUACAGCAAACAUGUGGAUGCAACCUAAUGUCCGCGCGAAAAUGGUAAGAUACAGCGAUCUCAAAUGUAGAUGUCCAGUGUGGCUGUCCAGUGUGGCUUGUGAUUCCAACAAACUAACAAACUAACAGAAUCACAGACUAACAACUCACUCAGCGAAUAUGAAGCGAUGCGAAACUUCGUUUGAGCAUCGCAAUUGAUUUUCUUAAUUUGGGGAUGUUAGUGUGGAAACUGAAGCUCACUUUUGAUCUUCGCAGGCGGUACAAGGAGCUCCACCUGAAACGGACGAUGUGAAACCUUUCGUUCAUUAUCAAGAGAAAAUGACCAAGACAAUGAAAGAUUUAUCUCGCAAGGGACAGGAUAUGGUAAGCGAUCAAGCACCAUCCCCAAAUGCGGUUUCCUCCCCCAGGGAAAGUUGACAGGGUGGGUUAGGAUAAACACAGUUAGGAAAGUAAUAUCACAAUUGGUGUGAAGAUAAAUAGUCUAGGCUAAGUAAGUAACAUAAGUAAGCGUAAUACUUGAUGUAAUCGGUCACUGAAAAGCUCCGAAGGGGAGUGAGCUGAAUAAAAUGUAUGUAUAGCCGAAGCUUCAGUCAUUUGGCCCAUGAGAAAAGUGAAACCAAGAUUGGCGGUCAUUGACGUACUGAAACCAUUGAACUAUAAAUAAAUUGGAUGGCUAACUGCUAUGAUGAAGGCCUAUGAUUUGAUGAAGCCAGAAUAGUUUUUCUGAGUUAUGAGCAGAAAUACUUGAUCCCAAACGUUGGGCUAUAUAUCAAAUUGAAGCUAUUGAAAAUUGCUAUUCGGUGUGGAAAUUUCAAGACUUCAGCGAAAAGAAAAAUAUUUAAAAAAUACAAAAACAACUGCAAAAUGGCAAAUUAUCGGCAAUUAUUUUUGUAGUUUUUCAAUAUUUCCCUUUUAGCUAAAGUCUUGAAAUUUCUACACCAAAUAGCGUUUUUCAAUAGCUUCAAUUUGAUAUAUAGCCCAACGUUCAGUGUUGAGUAUUUCUGCUCAUAACUCAGAAAAACUAAAAUGCACUGGCUUCAAUCCCCCCCCCCCCUGAGUUAGCCUUCCAGUUUAUUUAUAGUUCAAUGACUGGAACUGAUGUCCAAUAUCUCUUCAAUUUCCGCCAUUUUGGGUUUACUGUUUGGACUCAGGUUCUCACUCCAGUUAUAUAUGCAACUCAGUGCGCUUUCUACGUGAGCAGUGUGAGCACGGAUUGUUCCAGUGUUCUCUUGAAGAUAUUCGUCAGAAUAGUAUAUAGUGGUUAAUACUGAGUUCAAUUCCUGCAAUACACAAUGGACAACUUGCAUGUUAGACUAAAUUUUAAUCUAAGUAAAGAGAAGGGAAUCAAACACCACAGUUAAAAAUAACAUAAUGAAAUUAGUAGAAUUGCAAAAUUUGGUUGCGAAAUGUUGUAAAAAAAUUUUUUUACAACAUUUCGUAAAAAAAUUUUUUGACAACAUUUCGCAACCAAAUUUUGCAAUUUUACUAAUUUCAAUAAGUUCUUUACGGGAAUUUACUUUGUUUUGCCUAGAUCAAAAAUUAGUCUAACAUGCAAGUUGUCUAUUGUCUGAUUAUAAUUUUGCUCCUGUUGCAUUGAGAAGACUGCUUCCAGUCCGAUUUACCAAAUUAAACACCCCAGGUUUGGACCAAGAAAGAAUGGCCUUCACUGAACCUCAAAGGAGAGCAGUUUAGAACUGCUUGAGUUACCCAGUCCAGCCCGUUUCAAUAUCAACAGCGGCUAACUUUUGUUUUUUUCCCCACAGGUUGGUCGGGCUGGAACUGAUCCCAGCCAACUUGGUCCAUUGGGUAAAGAUGUCACUCGACUUUACAACGGACUUACCCAAGAAGCCCAGGGAGCUAUCCAGACUGCAUCGAGCCCUGAAGUAGCGGAGAGAGUGAGAACUGGUGUCCAGGCUCUUGGAGCGUCUUGUAUGAAACUCGUUCAAAAUUGCGGCGAUGUUCAGGCGAACCCUCGGGAUCCGAUCUCAAUGCGAGACCUAGCCGAUGCUGCCCGAAAGGUUGCUGAAAAGGUACGACAGCGUCAAUAUGGUUGAAAUCUCAAUAAUGAGUUGAGCAAACAAGUAAACAACAAUUUUUUGAUGUUAUCUAGAUAUCUCACAUUCUUGCCGCGCUCCAAUCUGGCUCUCGUGGUACCCAGGCUUGUAUCAACGCAGCCACGACCAUCAAAGGAAUCGUGACUGACCUGGACACUACAGUGAUGUUUGCCACUGCCGGAACUUUGAACCCGGAGCUAGAGGGCGAGAAAUUCACCGACCACAGGGAGGAAAUUCUCACGAAUGCCAAAGCCUUGGUGGAAGACACGAAGGCACUUGUUCCCGCGGCACAGGCCUCCCAAGAUGUCCUGGCUAAUGCAGCUCAAUCUGCUGUGUCUAGUAUUAGCAAGUUGUCAGAUUGUGUUAAACUUGGAGCCGCGGCUCUCGGAGCUGAUGAUACGAAUGCACAGGUAGGGACUUUGUAACCAAGGCGCCAUAUCGACUGGUUUACACUAUAAAAGUUUCUGUGUUAACCUUAACAUUGUCACUGUGUUGGUCUAGGUGAUGUUGCUGAACGCUGUCAAAGACGUUGCGUCCAGUCUGUAUAAUCUUCUUGACAGCGCUAAGAACUCGUCAGGAAGACACGGUGAUGGCGCUGGAGAAGACUUGAAAAAUUCAACCAAGGUUGGUUAAUUGCGACAUUUUUAUCAUGUGAGUUUGCAUUAGAAAAUAAUUCAAUGAAGACAACUUCGUUCCCAGCCUGCAGCGAGGUGGGAGCAAAGAGCGAGGUUGACAAUCUUGUGUACACAUUGUACUGUAUUGUACCAUCUUGUUAUUAUAUCACUGUACCAUCUUGUUAUUACAGUAUAUCACUGUAUUGUACCAUCUUGUUAUUAUAGGACAUGAUUUCCAAGGUCUCAUCUUUGUUAAUGACAGUCAAGAGUGUGGAAGACAAAACGUCACGUGGUGCAAGAGCUUUAGACUCCUCCAUGGAUGCCAUCAAACAAGCUGUUGUUGUAAGUCUUCAAGAUACUGUAAUUGAGAAUUAAUUACAGUUAGCGGUUAUAUUAGGGUUUUAUUAAAGCUUAACCUAAUUACUGUUUAAUUAGAGCUUAAUUUGCAGCUUAACGUAAUGACGGUUUAAUAAGAGGUUAAUUAGAGUUAAACCCUAAUUAGGGCUUAAGUAACAGUAAUUUAUAGAGUAAACACUUAAUUAGAGUGAACACGUAACUAUAGUGUAGUAAGAUUUAAACGCAGACCGCAAACCGCAAACUUCAUAUCGUAUUUUGAGGUAAAUUGUUAGCUGUUAGGGCAAUUUAUGCAUUGAAAUUGAGGCAGGUAUUAAUCACUUAGCUGUCGAAAAUCUGUAAAACUAAGUUUGCUGUUAGCGGUCUGCCGUAAAUGUCAAUCUUAACGUCUUUAAUUUAUGGGAAUUUGAUCGUGUAUUGUAUUACCCGUCGUAUGAAUUUAAUAGAAUUUUCAAGAAGUAAAGAUAGGGUCAAUCUAAUAUACGAAUUUCUUCCCAGAUUCUGAACUCACCAACGACGGCAGCAAGAGAAGCGACACCCGAAGAUCUCAUACGAAGUACCAAACCUGUAACUUUGGCAACCGCAAAGGUCGUGGCUGCGGGUAACUCUGGCAACCAGGAAGAGAUUGCAGCCGCUGCAAACAUGGGAAGAAAUGCUGUCACAGAAUUGUUGACGACUUGUAAGGUAAGGACACAGAAUAAAUACAUACAGAGGUCUCCCUUUCUGCUGGAAAACCGUAAGGUAGUUUUUACCAAAAUAGCUGGCGACCAUGUUCUCAUGUUCGGCAGCUUUCUGGUGCUAUUAUCACUCCCAUCGCUGGCACAGACCGUUCGAGUUGAUUAUAAUUUUGCCUCAGUUAAAUAUGAGAUAAGUGGUUCUACUUUUGCUAAACAGCUUGAGUGUUUUUCCGAGUACUCUUAGAAGAGCUGUCCAGCAGUCACAGUAUGAGGUAACGUUGGAUUAUAAUUUUUUAUGUAAACAUUCAUGAACUUUCCUAGGCCGCUGCAGCUCGGGCGGAGAGUGCAGAAGUCCGAAAUGCUGUGGUUGUAGCAGGACGAGAAAGUGGGACAGCCUUUAAUUCCAUGUUGGCUCAAGUCCAUAUUGUAAGUGAUAUUAUUACAUAGGUUUGUAUCAGGCAGUGUUUGAAAAUUCAACACCAUCCAAUGGGAUACUAGCAUCCACAUUUGGAUAGUAGAAAUUCUAGUUAGCAGUACUAGUGUGAAAACAUUGAAGCUAAAUUCAAAUGAUUAUUAAUCUUCUUUCUUUGAGAGAAAAUCUGUAAAGGAGAGAAUUUUUUUACUAUCCCAAUGGAUGAUAGCAGGAUACUGCAAAUUUCAAGCCUUGUAUCAGGUAUUAGUUGAUCACAUUUCUAAAUCACUAUUUUCUUCUCCAGGUUUUACAGAAACCAACAAACGAUAAGAAACAAGGACUGGUUGCUGCCUCACGAAAGGUUGCUGAUUGUCUUGGAGCCUUGGUGAAAUCUGCUGAGGCACUCAAAGGUAAGGGGAAGAAAUCGUUUGUUGUUGUUGAAGUUGUUGUCGUUGUUGUUGAAGUUGUUGUCGUUGUCGUGUCGUUGUUGUUGUUGUCGUGUCGUUGUUGUUAUCGUUGUUGUUAUCGUUGUUGUCAUGUUGUUGUCGUGCCGUUGUUGUUGUCGUGUUAUUGUUAUUGUUAUGGUCGUCGUUGUUGUUGUUGUUGUUGUGUCGUUGUUGUUGUGUCGUUGUUGUUGUGUCGUUGUUAUCGUGUCGUUGUUGUUGUCGUUGUUAUCGUGUCGUUGUUGUUGUCGUCGUCGUCGUUGUUGAGUAAACAAACUGCUCAUCUUUUGCUAGGUUCUGACUGGGUGAAUCCGGAGGAUCCAAAUGUUAUAGCAGAAAAUGAAUUGUUGGGUGCUGCCUCGGCCAUAGAAGCCGCUGCCAGAAAGUUGGCUGAACUCAAGCCUCGAGAAAGACCAAGAGUAAGUAGCUGCUGCAUAAAUGAAUGAUUGAGUUAGAAGGUGGUUAUGUAGUUGAUUGUUAACUUGUAUUUUUUUCACCUUCAUUAGCAAGCUGACGAGUCUUUAGCGUUUGAGGAGCAAAUUUUAGAAGCUGCAAAAGCCAUAGCUGCUGCAACAAGUGCGUUGGUGAAAUCUGCAGCCACUGCACAGAGAGAACUUGUCGCAUCUGGGGUGGUAAGUAUUAAAAUAAACCAACAUUUCUUUUAAAUACUGUAUGAAUAUGCUGCAUGCCAACAUUCAAGUACAUAUGAGUAUGAUUUGAAAUUUAACGAAUAUCGUUUCUUUCAUAAUUCCGUCUGGAACAAAAUAACUGUAUUUUUUUUAAAUCUAACUUUAAUUAAUAAUAGGAUGGCGUAACGAACGUGUUCUGACUGUUUUUAAGGUUUGCUCAACCAGUAGUGACCCGAACGAAGAUGGACAGUGGUCGCAAGGAUUGGUGUCAGCGGUGAGUAAUUAUUGUAUACUUUAUGUAGAGCUGUAUGGUAGAUUAUGAUGACUUGACCACCGAUUAAUAAACUAUUUGUAGGCACGUUUGGUAGCGACAGCUGUGAACUCAUUAUGUGAAGCCGCUAACGCCACCGUGCAAGGCAAUGCCACACAAGAAACAUUGAUCGCUUCAGCACAACAAGUUUCAAAUUCGACCGCACAACUUUUACUCGCUUGCCGCGUCAAAGCCGACCCGAACAGCGCUGGCCAGAAACGACUGCAGGUGAGUACGAAGCAUUUGGGGAAAAUGGCAUUAAAACACCUUCAUUGAAAUACGAAGUUCUUGCUUUAGAUAUAUUAUAGGCGCUUUGAAGUUUGCUGAAUUUCCUGCGCUUAUCUCGACAAUGGUGAAAGCCACCAAUGGCAAACAAUAGGUAACAUGAAAUCAAGUGCCUUGGUGACGUUCAUACACUAACUCAACUCCACAUUUUAGGGUGCUGGGAAAGCGGUGAGGAAAGCCUCGGACGACCUGGUGAAGGCCGCUCAGAACGCGCGAGUCUUCGAGGAACAAAGCGUGACGGUGAUCAUUAACCAGAAAUGGGUCGGCGGUAUUGCCCAAGAAAUCCAGGCGCAAGAGGCGAUUAUUCGCAAGGAACGGGAAUUGGAAGUCGCUCGCAAGAAACUCAUGCAAAUCCGACAGGCAAGAUACAAGGACGACGAAGACUCCUCAUGAUCCCAGUGUAUCCAUCGUGUAAUUCCCUAACAUCCCCAUUUAUCAAUACAACAUCCCUAUGUACUAAAUGUAGGUAAUUUUUUUAGAAGAACCAAACACUGAUGCAUGCCUUAGCUUUUCGAUUUAUUAAUUUUUCCCACAUUCCGAUGUGUGUUAGUUUGGGUAAUGUAGGGAAAUUUUAUAAGAAACAAAUACUAAUGCAUGUGCAAAAUGCGGACUGUGUGCUACUCCUUGGAGUUUAUUGUAGGUUAUUUUUUAUGAAUUGAAGCACAGUCUAUUACUGUAGUAUGCAAGACAACGCAUUUCAAAUGGGUUACAGAUAUUAAAUCCCAUGAGAAUAAUCAGUUUUCAUGGCCUUGGUCAAGAUUCUAUAAUUUAUAAAACAAAAAAAGUUCAAGUGAAAAGCUAAAAGGAAAUAGUAUUGUAUUACCUCGGUUGCAGAGGUUUCUGGUAUAGCCAACUCCACACCUGAGUGCAGGCUAUAGAUUAACUGGAAACCCCUUGAUCCGGGUUAAUUUAAGAAUAAGCUGAAAAUGAAGAUUAAAUUUGUAUUAUUAGUUUUUAUUGAAAAGAUAACAAGUAGCAUGUGUGACUUAUAUAGAAUUCCGUAGGUAUUAGUUCCUUGAAUACUAUAUAUAGGAAUAUUGGAAAUAAAAAUCGUUAAAGUUUA